AAGCACCAUAUUUAAAAGAAUUACCCACCAAGUAUAGGAAAAACAAUUCAUUGUGCUCCUAUAUUUCUGCGAUUUAUAUAUAGAUUAAUUAACCAGAGAUUAUGAAUCACAAUAGUCAAAAGAUGAAAUAAAUAUAAUUCGGAAAUGGAAUGAUAAAGUCAGACAAAAAAACCAACUGAUGACCUUUGGUAUGAUUUGGUAACAAGGACAUAAUAAUCAGAAAGUGUUGCCAUUAAAAUUUGGAGUAGUUAAUGUUAUAAAUUGUGUAGGAAUUAAACAUAAAAUGGAAGAAAUUAUCAAAUUACCGUUAGUGUUUUUUGUGAAUGGAAAAAAGAUUGUCGAAAAAGCACCAGAUCCCCAAUGGACAUUACUUUAUUAUUUACGAAACAAACUUUUGCUCUGUGGUGCCAAACUGGGAUGUGGAGAAGGGGGUUGUGGAGCAUGUACGGUUAUGAUUUCUACAUACAAUCGCAAAGAGAAGAAAAUCAAUCACAUCGCUAUUAACGCCUGCUUAGCACCAGUAUGCUUAAUGCAUGGCUUAGCUGUGACAACUGUGGAAGGUAUCGGAUCCACGAAGAAGAAGAUUCACCCUGUCCAAGAAAGAAUAGCAAAAUGUCAUGGCACUCAGUGCGGAUUUUGUACGCCAGGAUUUGUAAUGUCAAUGUAUACUUUAUUACGUAAUAACCCACUACCAAAAAUGAAAGACCUCGAGGAAACCUUCCAAGGCAAUUUAUGUCGAUGUACCGGUUAUAGACCAAUUAUUGAAGGAUUUAAGACUUUUACUGAAGACUGGGAGCUGAUGCAGAAUGAAAAAGGGGGAUGCCAAAUGGGCGAUCAGUGUUGUAAAGUUAACCGUCAAAGCGACGAAGACGUUCUUGUUGACACAGGCGCAUUUGUUCCUUACGAUUCAACACAGGAACCAAUAUUCCCACCUGAACUAAAAUUGUAUGACACAUUUGAUCGACAAGAACUAAUUUUUCAUGGGACAGAAGUAACGUGGCAUCGACCAGUUGUAUUAAAAGAUCUCAUCGAAUUAAAAGCAAAAUAUCCCAAAGCUAAACUCGUUAAUGGCAACACGACAAUCGGUAUCGAGGUAAAAUUUGGAAACCGUGUAUAUCCUAUGCUGCUCCAUUCGGCAUAUAUACCAGAACUGACGGAUAUUCAAUUGACAAGCACUGGAGUUCGUUUUGGUUCGGCAGUCACAUUUUCCAAUCUUUCCAAGUAUUUAUCUGAGCAAAUCCAGGUGCUUCCCGAACACGAAACGCGCAUUUUUGUUGCCGUUGUCGACAUGUUGCGUUACUUAGGAGGGAAACAAAUUCGCAAUGUCGCUACAAUUGGUGGAAAUAUAGCUAACGCCAGUCCAUUGUCAGAUUUGUGCACAGUCUUAGUCGCUGCAGGAGCAGUGGUAGAGAUAUCUAGUGUUCGCGGAUCAAGGGUGGUCACAAUGGAUGAACACUUCUUUACGCGAUAUCAAACUACAAUAUUACAAGAUGUUGAAAUACUAAUAGCAAUAACAAUUCCAUAUUCCAAUUCCAAUCAGUACUUUCAUUCAUAUAAACAAUCUCGCAGACGUGACCAAGAUACCGCAAUUGUUAACUGCGCAUCUAAUAUCAUUUUUGGAGAAAACAAGGUAAUCGAGGAGUUUAAAAUUGUAUUUGGAGGAAUGGGUCCUACGAUCAUGGUACCCGUAAGGCUCUGUGCUGAAAUGGUGGGAAAACUUUGGAACGAAGAGACUCUAAACUGGGCCAUAGAGUGCCUAGCAGAGGAUGUAUCGCUUCUCACAGACCUUCCCGGGGGCAUGAUUCAAUACAGACGUUCCCUCACAUUAGGUUUGAUGAUACGGACGUACUGGACAAUAAUGGAAAAACUAUCAAGUAAUAGACAUGAUCUGAAGGAUCUCAGCGGAAGUCGAGGAUUUUCCAACCAGAUAGCCAGAAGUUCGCAAAUAUUUCACAUUCAUCCCUCUAGCCUUAAAACCGACACAGUAGGUAAACCAAUACCGCAUAUUUCCGCCUUUAGGCAUGCCACGGGCGAAGCAAUAUACUGUGACGAUAUGCCUCCUUUCAAAAAUGAACUGUACAUGGCGGUUGUGUUAAGCACAAAGGCCCAUGCUCAUUUUACAAUGGACGCGUCGGAUGCCGUCCAAAUGGAAGGUGUGCGACUUUUUCUUUCGGCCGCAGAUUUGCCACACGAACUUAAUUGUAUUGGACGGGGAAAUCCGAAUGCAGUUUUUGUUGAAAAAACUGUAACGUCUCAUGGGCAAGUCCUGGGCGCAAUAAUUGCCGAAAGUCAAGCUAUAGCUCAAAGCGCUGCACGCAGAGUGAAAGUGACGUAUGAAGAGCUCGAGCCAGUAAUUAUUAGUAUCGAAGAUGCUAUUGAGCAUAAAUCCUAUUUUACGGAUGUGACCAAUCCGUGUGUGGCGGAAAAGGGGAAUGUAGAUGAAAUAUUUAGAACUGCGCCCCAUAUAAUUCACGGUGAGAGUAGAUCAGGGAAGCAAGAGCAUUUUUAUCUGGAAACUCAAUGUACGGUCGCUGUGCCGAAAGAGGAUGGCGAAUUGGAAGUAUAUAGUUCCACGCAGUUUCCAAACUUGCUUAGCUGUGCAAUUGCUCAUUCGUUGAAUUUACCCAUGAACCGAGUUCCUGUAAUUGUGAAACGAUUGGGUGGUGGAUUUGGGGGCAAGGAGCUAUGUGCCGGCUCUAUUGCGAUACCAGCAGCUUUGGCAGCACAAAAUCUCGGCUGUCCAGUUAGGUGCAUGCUCGAUCGAGAUGAAGAUAUGCUGAUUACCGGUGGGAGACAUCCAACUUAUAUAAAGUACAAAACGGCAUUUGACGACGAUGGAAAGAUACUUGCCACUGAAGUUUAUCUCUAUAUCGAUGGCGGAUACUCUAGUGAAGCGACAGAUUUAAUUACUCGUGUAGCUCUGAUAAACCUUCCAAACGCAUACAAUAUCAGGAAUAUACGAACCUACGGCUACAUGUGCAAGACUAAUACGCCCUCGAAUUUGGCAUUUAGAGGAUUUGGGGCUCCUCAAGCUAUGCUAUCGGCCGAGUACAUGAUAAGAGAAAUAGCCGAAUUCCUCAAAAAAGAUCCUUUGGAUGUGGCUCGUGUGAAUUUGGCAAAAGAGGGUGACGUGACCUUCUAUGACCACAUAAUGGAAAAUUGCACUCUAUCUCGAUGUUGGGACGAGUGCCUCACUAAUUCCAGCUAUUCCAGUCGCGUAUCUGCUGUAAAUUCAUUCAACAGGGCGAAUCGUUGGAAAAAGCGUGGCAUUGCAGUGGUGCCCACGGCUUUUACUGUCGGAUAUGGGACUGCCGCAUUGCGAUUUGCCGCAGCCUUACUCCACGUGUACUUAGAUGGUUCAGUCUCGCUGACUCAUAGUGGAGUUGAAAUGGGCCAAGGCUUACACACUAAAAUGAUUCAAGUAGCGAGCCGAGCUUUAGAAAUACCUCACAGUCUAAUUUACACCAGCAGCAUAGCCACUGACAAGGUCCCAAACCCAAAUAUAACAAGUGCAAGCGUGAAUUCAGAUUAUAAUGGAAUGGCAGUUUUGAAUGCGUGCGAAAUCAUAAAAUCACGUUUAGAACCCUACAAAAAAGCAAAUCCAGAAGGCAAAUGGGAAGAUUGGGUAGCGGCCGCUCAUUGGGAUAGAGUAAACCUGUCGACAACUGGAUUUUACAAAAACCCCUCAAAAGACUUUGACUGGAAGACUAUGACUGGUACAUACACCGAUUAUUUAACAAUGGGUGUAGCUUGCACAGAAGUUGAAAUCGAUUGCCUUACUGGAGACCAUCAAAUAAUAAGAACUGACAUUGUCAUGGAUGUCGGAGAAAGUCUCAAUCCCGCGAUAGACAUCGGACAAAUCGAAGGUGCAUUUAUGCAGGGUUACGGAUUAUUUAUGCUAGAAGAGUUCAUGUUUGCCCCGGAUGGAGCGAUACUAACGAAAGGUCCUGGCACUUACAAAAUACCAACGCUCUCCAAUAUCCCCAUUGAAUUUAACGUGGCUUUGUUAAAAGGGGCGUGUAAUCCAAAAGCUAUAUAUUCGUCUAAGGGAAUCGGAGAACCUCCUUUGUUUUUAUCAAGUUCGGUGUUCUUCGCAGUGAGGGAAGCGAUUAAAGCUGCCAGAAGGGAUGCUGGAGUUCCCGAAACUGGUUUUAAACUGUCUGCUCCAGCAACAUCGGAAGUUAUUCGACUCGCUUGUGAAGAUCAUCUGACAAUGAAGAUACGAAAAGUGCAACCUAAGGAAACUGCGUGAAAUGUAUGUGCUUUAUUGUACACCAGUAGACUUUUCUGUGAUGUUAAAAUUUAUUUCUUAGGGUGGUACACCUUUUUUAAUUAAUAUUAAAU